AUGACGACACCUAUAUCCUCUUGCCGGGGGUGUACCCGCCCUAUAUUUAUACUCCAUAACUCUCUCAGAUCAUCUAUCCGAAUCACCAGAGUCCCGUCAUGGCUCCAGCCAACUUCCGCUCGAACGUGCAGUCGAUCGUUCGCAACGACGGGACUUAGAUUCGCAUCUCCAAAGCAAAAACCAACAAUCCCUUUAAAACCUACAGUCUUAUCUCCAGCAAAGAGCGUACCAUCUCCAAUACUAAGUUUUGCGCAGAAGCUCGCAGACAAGUCUUCUCCGACGAUCUUAUACGAAGCAGCUCCCCAGGGAGUCUUCCUAUUCUCGAGUUACACGGCUGGUCUCUUUUUCAUAGGAGCCGCCGCUAUCAACAUCGUUGUAAACGUCUAUAAUCUACCGGAAGGACUCCAUUGGAUCGUUAGUAUUGGGUUUGGUAUGGUGGGCUUACUUCUAGCCGCUUGCGGGACCAGGUUUGCACUGAUGCCCGCAGGUAUGAUACGUUCUAUCAAGGUACUACCAGCCCGGCCAGUCAAGGCGCUAAACCCAGCCGCGAAGACGGCUACACCGGAAAAUCUACCAGUGCGGCUUGAAAUCGAAGCUCGACGCACUGUGCCCUUCCCAGGUGUACCGCUACGUCGCAUACAAGCUGAUCCAAAUGACGUGGUCAUGAAGGCGCCGCUGUAUAAUCGCAAAGCACCCCCUUCGGACUACGAGAAGAUGCUUAUGAAGAAGCAGGACGAGGUCCGGCGUAAGCAGGAGCGCGAAUACGAGAUGAACCACCUAAUGACUGCACCGUUCAGGCACGGAAAACAGGUCUUCUCGAUGCUCUUCAAGAACUUCCGCCGCGGAUUAACAGGGGAGGGAUUUGCCCCAAUUAUGAUCAAUGGGGUUAAAUACAAACUCGAUAUCACGUCAGCAUAUGUACUAGAGGAGGGACGAGCUUUAGAUAGGAUCGUGAAGAUUGAUAAAUAA